AUGCUUGUUACACCUUUUAUUCAAUUCAUUGCCGCGAUCCUUCUGUGUCGGGAUGUCAAUGCCUUGCGUGGUGCCCAUCCGUUAAACACCACUGCACUUGAGUCAGGCAUUGUGUGUGCUCCACGCGAUGCGCCAGGACAUGCCCCAGUAUCUAUUCCUCCUGCAAAAUUAAACGACGAUUACUGCGACUGCGCUGAUGGCUCCGAUGAGCCAGGCACGGCAGCAUGUCCAGGCGCCGUCUUCUGGUGUCGAAACAAGGCCUUUCGACCUGUCAAAUUGCCCUCGUCUUGGGUGGAUGAUGGCUCAUGCGAUUGUUGCGAUGGUUCGGAUGAGCCCGCUGGUACCUGCACAGACACAUGCAGUGAAGAAAGAAAGAAACAGCUGGCUAUGGCAAAGAAACAAGCAGAUGCAAUCAUUGCAGGCGUUGCUACACGACAGAAAUAUGCGAAGGAGGCUGCCUCCGAUGCCAAAAAGGAUGAAAGGGAAAUUAAGAACCUCGAGCAAGAACUUGAAAGAGUGGAGAUAGAUUUGAAGAGGAGUGGAAGGCGAGCUGAUAGUCUGCGCAAACGAAGGGAUUAUGAAGAUGAUUUACGCCGUGCGGCAGAGACGAACUCCCCUUCACCAACCAGCAACCCCGCCACUGAUACUGGCAUAUCCAGCGAUGAAGAUUCCGAUGACGGCGAUGACGCUUUCAUCGGUAAUCAUGAUGAUCACGGCAAUGACGGCGAAAGAAAUCUUGAGUUGCAAACUGGGGACAAAGAAGGGGGCCAUGAUGAUCAUCCAGACGAAAAAGUUAAGGUAAAGGCGGACGCCGCUCAAAGCGAAAUCGAAAACGAAUCUAAGUCAGACCACAAGAGCCACGACGAUAUACAUGAUGACACUGACGAAGAUAGUGCCGCUGAAGAUGAUGACGUCGCUAACGAUGAGGACGAAGACGAGGACUACUCCGACGACGACGACGAGAGCUUUGCCGAUGACGAAGACGAUGACGACAAGUGCCCAGAUUGCGAAGAAGAUGGUGAGGAAGAUGAAGAGAAGGCGAAUGCAGAAGAAUGGAAUUCAGAUGCAGAUGACAUAGACGUCGACAUGGUUUGCGCUGAACUCGGGGCUGACGGGCUGAAUUCGAUACUGCGCAAGCUAAAUUACUACAAAAUCAUUGUGCUUUCCAAGCUGCAGCGACUAUUGCCGAUCUCACCACCGGCUUUGAUUGCUAGAGAACGCAUUUCUGAUUGUGUUGAAAAGGCGGACACCGCGAGGUACAAGCUUGAAGAUAAGAAGAGGCAUAUCCAAGAGAGGUUGAAGAAGCUUAAGGGCAAAACCUCGUUGGACUACGGAUCAGAUGGCGCUCUCCGAAAACUCCAUGGAAAAUGUAUCAAGAAGGCUGUCACGCAGUACGAGUUCGAGAUAUGCCCUUUUGAUCUCGUCAGACAAUAUGAACACGGAUCUGUUAUCGCCGUGCUCGGAAGAUUUAAAGGAUGGAAAGGUGAUGGCAGAAACAGGUUAAUGAAUUUCGCGCAAGGCGAUAGAUGUUGGAAUGGACCGGCAAGGAGUAUCAAGGUAGAGCUCAGCUGCGGAGACACCGAAGAAAUCGUUAGUGUUGAAGAACCUAAUCGAUGUGCAUACUUUAUGAAAUUUAAGACACCAGCCUUUUGCGAGAAGGCAGCUGCAGAUGCGAUUUUAGCCGACUUCGAAGAAACUGAAAGACCGAAAGAGGAGCUAUGAGGUAACCUCGAAAUCCUUUAGAUACACAACUCGGAACGGCAACUCUGUUGCAAGUCCGAACUAACCAACUGUAAACAUAAUCUUCUCUUUCUUA